GCUUCCACACUUCCCUUCCCCCGCGCCUGCAGCUGCCAACUCCACCUCAUCACCUCACGCUCGCACCAAAAAGCAAAAGGAGAACAAAAAAAAAGCGACGCGUCGGAGCUCGCUGCCACACCAGCCAAUCGCCCCUCUCGCUCCCUCCCUCUUAUCCCCUCUCCUCGGCUCCGCCAGCUCCGCCACGUCGUCAUUGCCCCGCUGCUGUGUUGCCGCCGCCGCCGCCGCCUUCUUCCUCGUCGUCCCCUGGCAGCCGGCAGCUAGCAGCGAUGGCCCUGCAGGCUCCGGCGUCGUCCCUGGCGCGCGCGCCGGCGGCGCCGCUCCGGUCGUCGUUCUCGGCGCCGUGGCCGGCGCUGCGGCUGCCGGCGCCCGCGCGGCGGCGGGCGGGCGCCGCGGCCGCGCGGAUCACCAUGCGGGUCGCGUCCAAGCAGGCCUACAUCUGCCGCGACUGCGGGUACAUCUACAACGACAGGACCCCGUUUGAGAAGCUGGCCGACAACUACUUCUGCCCCGUUUGUGGAGCUCCAAAGAGGAGGUUCAGAACAUACCAGCCGGCGGUGUCCAAGAACGCGAAUGCUACCGAUGCCCGCAAGGCGAGGAAGGAGCAGCUGAAGAAGGACGAAGCAAUCGGGCAGGCCUUGCCGAUCGCCAUUGUCGCCGGGAUCAUCGCUCUGGCCGGCCUCUACUUCUACCUCAACAACGCCUACAACUAGAGGAACAAACACGCUUCAGAGACGACCAAUCCAUUUGGUGCCAGGGACAGGAUUCUUUACAUUUUGCCCUUUGUUUUUGUGGCUGUACAUGUGUGCGUCAUGCUACAUGCAUACUACUAGGGUCCAACCUCCAAGACUGUUAUACAACUCGUCGUUAAUCUUGAAAUGCCAUACGUUACACAACUGAUAGCUGAUUAUGAAUUUAAGUACUACACCUACGUAGCUUUUACUCCC